AACCGACAGCUACUGUGGAGGGGCCAUCUCCAAACUGAACCCACAUCCCCUCCUAACAACCAUAGCAGCCUCCUUUAUAGGAGCGGCACCAACAGCGUGUGGAGGAAUAGAGACGCUGGAGAGAGGAAAAACGAGGUUAGAGCAGGGCUGCGUUUGUGAACGGUGGCCACCAGGGGGCAGGAUUUCUUGAUUCUAGGCCUCUCCAAACCACCACUUCCUCAGUCAAAGAAGCAGAAGCGGAAGUCGCUGGAAACCGCGAGCUGUUGUUGUGAACCCGGGUUUGAAGUACGAGCAAAUGGCGGAAGAGGAAGACGAGACCGGCUUCGACGAGGAGUUGGACGACGGCUCCGGCGGGGUGGAUGUCGGCUACGGCAAGAGAAAGAGGCUCUUCUCUAAGGAGCUCCGGUGUAUGAUGUACGGGUUUGGAGACGACCAGAACCCUUAUACGGAGUCUGUAGAUAUUCUAGAGGAUCUAGUGAUCGAGUUCAUCACGGAAAUGACCCACAAAGCCAUGUCCAUCGGGCGCCAGGGCCGCGUCCAGGUGGAGGACAUCGUUUUCCUCAUUCGCAAGGAUCCCAGAAAGUUUGCUCGGGUCAAAGAUCUGCUGACCAUGAACGAGGAGCUGAAGAGAGCUCGAAAAGCUUUCGAUGAAGCAAAUUAUGGCUCUUAAACUCACGACGGGACCCCUCCCCCAUAUGUCUGAUUUAGACUUUAAUUUUUCUGCAUUUGUCGUUCAGCUGGCGCGUUUAUUUGGUUGGGAGUUCAUUCACACUCUUCACACUGUGUAUGUUUGUGACGUGUGUGCAAACAAAAUGACAAUAACAUGUAGUUGAAGUCAUAUCUUGUGGUUGUGUAAAAUAAAGUGACCUGCCUAUAGUUUUAUUAUGACAGGACCUCCUGUUAGUUUGUGAACCAGCAGAGUUAUGGCUUUAGAUCAGAAGCAGAAAACAACUACGACUUUAAAAUGGGCUCUCAGAAAAUGCUUUAACAGCAAUCACUUUGAGGUGAAUGAAUAAAUCUCAUCUUAAAUGUG